AUGAAUGGCUUCUUGCAGAAAGCUAAGGCUGAGUGGAAAGACUUCUCACAGAAAGACUCUCGACCUGGGCAAGACCAGCACCAUGGCCACCAGCCUCAUGGUCCACCAGGUCACGGUCCGCCUACCGGACACCAUGAUCACGGAUGCAUCAAAGACCCUACAGAUCUGGAUAUCCUGCGAUACCGCUACCAUCACGGAACCAAUCUUGGCUCCGUGUAUGUAAUCGAAAAGUGGCUGCAGUCGUCUCGAUUUCCUGAGAAUGCUGAAGGAUCCAGCGAGCUUGCUGCAGUCAAAGCUUGGGUCGACCGAGAAGGCAUAGAGUGCGCCAGACAAAAGUUCGAACAACACUGGUCCAGCAUCGUGACAGAUGCAGCAAUCGGGUGGUUGGUAAACGAGGCGAAGUGCACCACGAUCCGCCUGCCUAUUGGCUACUACGACUUACCCGGCCCUGACUUUACGCGCGGUACACCUUUUGAGCAAUACGCCCAGGUGUAUUGUGGAGCAUGGGACAGCAUUCGGACCCUCAUCCAGCGCUUGCGCAAGCGCUCGAUUGGAGUGCUGCUCGACCUUCACGCACUUCCAGGUGGUGCAAACGCACAAGAGCACUCUGGCACAAACAGUGGCCGCGCUGAGUUCUGGCACUCUGAUUUCAAUCGCGCCCUCGGAAUCCGCUGCGCACAGUUCAUCGCCCAUGAAGCUAGAAACGGACUUGACAUAGCCGGUAUUCAGCUCGUCAACGAAGCAGAUUGGGAGUCGCAUCGCAUGUACGAGUGGUAUGAUGAGGCUGCCGGUGCCGUUUCUGCGAUCGAUCCGAGCAUCCCUAUCAUCAUCUCCGAUGGAUGGAAUUUGGAAAAAGCUGUUGAGUACUCGCUUCGGACGAACUCUGUCUACACCGAUCGUGCCAAGACUCCAGUUGUUGUCGACACACACUUCUAUUGGGCAUUCACGGACCUCGAUAAGCAAAAGUCACCUCAGCAGAUUAUCCAGGAAGUCGGUACUAAGUUGGGUGAGCUUGACGGCAAAGAAGGCUCAGUCAUCGACCGGGGUGCUGUGCAGACCAUCGUUGGAGAGUAUUCCUGUGUCUUGACCGAAGAUUCUUGGGCCAGAAGCGACGGAGUGCCAAAGGAAGAGCUUGUGAAGCAGUUCGGUGAAGCGCAGAGUCGACGAUACCAACAGCGUGCUGGUGGAAGCUACUUCUGGACCUGGAAAAUGGACUGGAUGCCCGGCGGUGAGUGGGGCUUCAAAGCUCAAACUGAUGCAAAGAACAUUGUGCCUCCCCAACACGCCACACUGCACCCUGACGAGAAAGUGGCGCGCUUGGAUAGAGCAAGGUCUGAGCAGGACGGACGCAAGCAACAGGCUUUCCAAGAACACGUUAACUACUGGAACCAAGCCGAUCCGAACGGUACAUAUGAGCACGAGAAGUACGAGUAUGGCUGGCACAUCGGCUACUCUGACGCAUUGGCCUUCUUCGCAGGGUGCGGUUCGCACGGUGACAGAAUUGGCAUGCUGGAAUUAUGGGUGCUCAAGAGGAUCAGAGAAAGCGGUUAUCGGGGUGGCUUCACGUGGUUGUUCGAACAAGGAAUCCGUAAAGGCGUCAUCGACUUCUAUAAUGCGGCAGGUAUUUGA